AUGCUGGUAUUCGAGCUUUCGCGUGUAUUCCCGACCCUCUCCGGAUUGCCCCUUCAAUUCAUGCUCAACGCUUCGCUUGCCUUCAAAAUGGAUGGCAAAAUGAGGCUAAAUUUUGUGGAGCUCUUACGACAGCGAGGUGACGCUGAUGCUCAGGUUAAAUUCCGUCCUUCCGUGUCUGCUUCGCUGGGGGCUAGGGUGCUGCUGCGUGCAGGUCACGUCGCAUCCGGUGCUCUUGCCUCCUCUAACUUAUACGGCGCUACGGAUUUCUUGAGACAGAUGGAGCUCAGGCAAGGCAGCAGAUUAUCGUUGAAGGCUGAAGUGCCACAUCAUGAUAUUUUUAUUGCAAAAUUCCGAAAUGAUGCUGCGAAAGUGGAAAUGAAUCGACAUCAGCCCCUGAUUAGCAUACGACGAGUUCGGCAAGCUGUUGAUCAACGCUAUUGCUCCGGUGAAAAUUUGGCGAAAAUUCUUGGCUUGAAAGCAUGCUACAACGUAAUUUUCAUUUUUUUUACUGCUGGUGUGGAGUACAAAGUGAAAAUGACUAAGCCUAUUCGCGCUGAUUUCCCUGUGUUGGAAGGAACGAUUCGAUUGGAGAAGGCCGAUCCUGCUCUGAAUAGCUAUCAAUUGCUUGUUGAAAGAGCAAGCGACCUCCACAAUUUGUUGGAUCCAUGGCCUUUCAGGUGGCCAUCUUUGCACUCACCUAAACUGCAUUCUCAUAUUAUGAUAUACCAUGUUAAUUGCUUGAGAGAAGUUGAAGCAGGGCUUAUCGUGACUCGCAAACUGAUUGAAAAAGAUGGCUUGCAAUUUUAUAAAGCUCAACUGGGUCUGUUUACUCAUUUUUGA